AUGCUCUGUAGAAAGAGGAAGCGAUCUUUGGCUGAUGUGGACAUUUCAACGGGUGAGAUAAUCUCACGCUAAGUAACUAGCGACUUUCGAGCAACCAGGUGUCAAAGAAAUAUUUCAAAAACAAUGGAGCGAUGAACAUAUGUAGCGUUUGAACCAAACAUUUUUCAAUUUGUAAGAACUGAAAAAAAUAAAAAUAAAGCGAUCCACAAUGAUGUCAGAAUGCGAACCAAACGAGACCGAGCCGGUGGUGGCGGCUGACAUAGCCCCGGUAGCCGACGCUGCUACCACGGAUCUCAACUUUCGGUCACAGGAGCCACUGUCGACGUUGUUCGAUAGGAACACAGUCGGGUCUGGGGCAAACCCGGGGGUCGCGAUUCGGAUCUCGGGUUCGUGUGAAAGUGUUCUUACCGAAUUGGAGACGGACGGUUCUGGGGAAGAGGCUCUGUUGUUGCCGUGUUUAUCCGGAGGCACGUCGUCACCUCGGGGCGAGAGGCAGAAGAGGACGAGGCGGAACCGACGGAGUUCAUCAUCGGAUAAGGAUAACCUUACCUCGCCAGGUAACAGUAGCGGAGACUUUAACCAUUUCCCCGACGACCCGGAGUUUGGUGACAUCAUUCAGAGGGCGGAGCAGGCCAUCGAGGGCGGAGUCUUCCCAGAGAGAAUCUCUCAGGGUUCCAGUGGGAGUUACUUCGUUAAAGACUCCAAAGGGAAAAUCCUCGGUGUUUUCAAACCAAAGUCUGAAGAGCCUUACGGUCACCUCAACCCUAAAUGGACCAAAUACUUUCACAAGCUGUGCUGUCCGUGUUGUUUUGGCCGUGGCUGCCUGAUCCCCAACCAGGGCUAUCUCUCGGAGGUUGCUGCCUCCCUCGUCGAUACCAGGCUAGGACUGGGGGUGGUCCCCAAAACCAAGGCUGUGUAUCUGGUCAGUGAGACAUUUCACUACAACACCAUCGACAGGGCCAAGUCCAGAGGGAAGAAAUACGCCCUAGAGAUGGUUCCCAAAGUAGGACGACACUUCCACAGAGUGGGCCUGCCCCCCAAGCUUGGAUCGUUCCAGCUGUUCGUGGAAGGGUACCACGAGGCUGACUAUUGGUUGAGACGUUUUGAGGCGGCGCCUCUCCCAGAGAACAUCAGGAAACAGCUCCAGUCUCAGUUUGAGAGGCUCGUCAUUCUGGACUACGUCAUCAGAAACACAGACCGAGGGAAUGACAACUGGUUGAUCAAGUAUGAGAAGCCAGGGGAAGGAGAGGGAGAGAAGGCCAUCCAGAUAGCAGCAAUAGACAACGGCCUGGCCUUCCCCUUCAAACACCCUGACGAGUGGAGAGCCUACCCGUUCCAUUGGGCGUGUCUGCCCCAGGCUAAAGUACCCUUCUCCCAGGAGACCAGAGAGCUGGUGCUGUCCCGUCUGUCAGACAUGAACUUCGUCCAGGACCUCUGUGAAGACCUCUACGAAAUGUUUAUGGCAGAUAAAGGUUUUGACAAGACCAUGUUUGAAAAGCAGAUGUCAGUCAUGAGAGGACAGAUCUUAAACCUGAGCCAGGCGUUAAAGGAUAAUAAAACUCCCAUUCAGUUGGUCCAGAUGCCCAGAGUCGUGGUGGAGAGACGCCGGACAGGAGGACAAGGGAGGGUGGUAACAUUAGGAACAGCUUUCACCCAGACCUUCCACUGCAAGAGACCUUUCUUCUCUUCCUGGUAGAGGGAGGGAGAGGGAGGGAGAGAGGACAGGGGAGGGUGGUAACAUUAGGAACAGCUUUCACCCAGACCUUCCACUGCAAGAGACCUUUCUUCUCUUCCUGGGAGAGGGAGGGAGAGAGGACAAGGGAGGGUGGUAACAUUAGGAACAGCUUUCACCCAGACCUUCCACUGCAAGAGACCUUUCUUCUCUUCCUGGUAGAGGGAGGGAUGGCUGGAGAGGGAGGGAGAGAGGACAGGGGAGGGUGGAGGGAAGAGAGGGAGCCUCCUCUGCAACACAAUGACCUACCCUCCUGGUAGAGAGAGAGAGAGAGGGUGAGAGAGAGAGAGACAUGAAGAGACUCUCAGAGCAUCUUUCCUCCAGAGGGAUUGGUUUGGAGUUGGACAUCACACGUCUGGGGAAACAUCCCAAAUGGGUCCCUAUUCCCUUUAUAGUGCACUACAUUAGUCCCUGGUCAAUGGGGUUAGUGCACCCUAAAGGGACUAGUGUUCCAUUUGGGGUUGUAUCCUGAGUGUGUUGAGCUCAGAGGAGAACCCAGGACGUCCUAAAUGGAACCCUAUUCCCUAUCCAGUCUUGCACUACGUCUGACCAGAGGCUCCCAUAGGGGCUAGUGCACUUAGGGGGAAUAUAGUGCUAUUUGGGAUAUACGAACAGUGUCUUCGGGUUCUGCGCUACUGCCAAAAUCAUUUUAAUAUAAGCAUAAAGAAAAAGGCUUUUUUUUGAAGGAAUUAAAUCAUGUUAAAAAACUGGAUUAAAUACAAUGUAUGUUGCUUGAAUGUAAGUUUCCAGUUUAUAUUUAAAUAGAGCAACGUGUCUCCGAGACAUUUCAACGAGAGGGAAUACUGUUGACAAUUGUGUCGUCCCAAAUAGCACUCCUUUUGAGUGGCUUUUUUGAGAUGCGCUCGACGGUAAUUUUUCAUAGCGAUGAAUGUAUUAACUGAUUGACGUGUACGUGUAAUUUGCUGGUGACAAUAUGCUCUUGGCUAUUAUGGGAUGGGUGGUGGGUUAAACUCCAGGUACGCUGUGCAAUAUGAUGUCAUCAGGCAGCGGGGGGGGGGGGGGGGACUUCCUGUUUAAAAACGACAACAAUUAGAAUCUGCCAAGAUGGAGGCUGGGGAUUCAAUCUGAUCGCAGGUUACGGACAAAUGUUCCAGCGUUCGCAGAGAUCCCAUUCACAGGAAACGCUACGUAUGUCGGCUCAAUCGGAAAUGUGCCUUUUUAAAAGGCCUCGAAGUCUAUAAACCAACCAUCAGAUUGAAUCCCGGCCUGAUUCUUCACCCCAAAAAGUGGAACUCCUGGCAGAAUUGUAUUAUUUUGUUGUUGUGAUUUGUUGUGGUUGUCUGUAAACAGGAAGUUACCCUGCUAUGCUCGGUGAUGUCAUAUUGCUGAGUCUUCCGUUAAUCUCCCACCAAAUGGGCAGGAAAAAAGGACAAAUAUGGACAUUCGCACACUUGCUAAACAUUUUCUACGUUCCCAUACAGCACCCUAUUCCCUACGUAGUGCACUACUUUUGACCAGGGCCAAUAGGGACAAAGUAGUGCACUACUUUUGACCAGGGCCAAUAGGGACAAAGUAGUGCACUACUUUUGACCAGGGCCAAUAGGGACAAAGUAGUGCACUACUUUUGACCAGGGCCAAUAGGGACAAAGUAGUGCACUACUUUUGACCAGGGCCUAUAGGGACAAAGUAGUGCACUACUUUUGACCAGGGCCUAUAGGGACAAAGUAGUGCACUACUUUUGACCAGGGCCUAUAGGGACAAAGUAGUGCACUUUUCUUGGAUAAAAGUAGUGAACUAUGUAGGGAUUAGGGUGCCGUUGGUGACACAGACACUGUUUGGGUUUUUCAUAAUUUAUGCAUCUUGAACUUUCUAUUCCUGCUGUAUAAUGAAUGUAAAGGUAGAAUUGUAUUUUUUUUUAAAUGUUGGAAACAAUAAAUGUACAUUUGGGAUUGGUUAAA